UUCAACUGUCUCACUAUUCGAGAAAAAUACAUGAGCUACCUUUUUUUAUUUGACCUUGACCUGGUACCCCGCCAUUGUUAGGGAAUUCCCAUGCGUGAGAAGAAAUGCACAAAAAUCAAGUCUUUUUAUUAAGAUAUUAGCUUACAUGUAGACUUGAUCAAAAUUAUUGAAAUAGUAGAUCAUAUCUCACAAUGCCACCUACAGUCCAGUCUGGAAAGAGGUCGGAUUCCGACCGCAAAUCGAGAGGGACCGGCGAAAAAAGAUCGGACUUGGUAAUGAAAGUAAAGUAUGACAACUCUCUGCCAGAUAUACCAUUCGACCCAAAGUUCAUCACAUAUCCAUUUGAACCCAACAGAUUUGUCCAGUACAAUCCUACAUCAUUGGAAAGAUCAUACAAGCAUGACCUUCUCACAGAACAUGACCUCGGGGUUGGCAUUGAUCUCAUUAACCCAGACACAUACACUCUCGACCCUAAUGCUUAUCUGGAUGAGGAAGAUGAGAAGCUUUUGGAAGAAGAUUUUAAUACACCAGCAGAUUCUAAGAGGUCUCGUCAUCACAAUAAAAGUGUGUCAUGGCUUAGGAAAACAGAGUACAUAUCUACAGAGUACAAUAGAUUUACACAGAGUGCCGACAGAUCAGAAGCCAAGGUUGGAUUCAACAUGAAGAAACACUUCAAUGAAGAGGACCUUUACAAAGACAGAGAAAGUCAGAUUGAGGCCAUAGAGAAAACAUUCAAUGAAACAAAGAAACCAAUACAAGACCACUACAGUAAACCAGGUGUCAAACCAGUUGAGAUUCUACCAAUAUUUCCAGACUUCCAGAUGUGGAAGCACCCGUGUGCCCAGGUUAUAUUUGACUCUGACCCUGCUCCUGCUGGCCGCUCUCAGCCUGCCCAGAUAGAGGAAAUGUCUCAAGCCAUGAUUAGAGGUAUGGUGGAUGAAAGUGGAGACCAGUUUGUAGCCUACUUCCUUCCUUCUGAGGAAACCUUGGAGAAACGUGCUAAAGAUGCUUCUGAACAUGUGGAUUACGAUCCUGAAACUGAAUACGAGUAUUCCUUGGCACGAGAGUACAACUGGAAUGUGAAAAAUAAACUCUCAAAAGGAUAUGAAGAAACGUAUUUCUUCGUGUUUAAAGAUGAUGGGGUCCAUUAUAAUGAACUGGAGACUAGAGUUCGACUGAGCAAAAGAAGGAAGAUUGGGCCAACAGCUGGCCCACAAAAUAAAUCCAAGUUGAUUGUCAAACAUAGAGAAAUGAAUGACCAAGAAAAGAAGUCUCAGGGUAUGAGACUGACUAUGCUGGAGCCACCCACAGAGGAGGAGGAAGAAGAGGAAAUGCCAGAACUUCAAGCCACACAAGAGGAUGAACUUGCUGGAUUUGAAGAUGUUGAAAAGAUGGAUACAGAUAAUAAAAGUGAUAAUGAGGAGCACAGGAGGAGCAGAUCAAGGAGUCGAAGUAACAGUGGGAGUCGUAGUAGAAGUCGAAGUGGAUCUGGAAGUCGCAGUCGAAGUAGAAGUCGAAGUGGAAGUCGAGGACGUAGCAGGAGUCGAUCUGGAUCCAGAAGUGGAAGUGGAUCCAGGUCACGAAGCAAUAGUGGAUCUAGGCGAUCAGGAUCAGGAAGUCGGAGUCGAUCACGCAGUCGUAGUCGAUCACGCAGUCGGAGCCGAUCACGUAGUAGGAGUCGAUCCCGUAGCGGUAGUAGAUCUAGCAGCAGGUCCAGGAGCAAUAGUCGUGGGGGUAGUCCCAGUGGGUCAGCUCGUAGUGGGAGCCCCUCGGGUAGUGGGAGUGAUUCUGGGAGUGGAGAUGAGCAGAACAAAGCAGCUGAGGACAUUUUCGGGAGCAGUUCAGAUGAGGGCUAAAUGUCACUCGAUUGAUGUCAUACUGUUCACACCUCUAAUGAUUGGUAUUAACAUUUAAAUGCAGGCGUGAGCAAAAACAGGCAUGCAAUCAACACUAAACUGUAUAUACAUAACGGAAGUUCAUUACAGAAGUAUAAUUUUAUACUAAAGUGACUGUGUACAUAUGUAUUUUGAACAGAAAUGCAAGAAAUGAAGAUCAUGUUUCACUGAUCACACUUGCUAAAACGUUUGCAAAUGUGUAAAUGACAAAUCUGGAUGUCUUUGAGUUGCCUCGAGAGACUCUCACCUCUUUACUGAGUGGCAUUCAAAGUUAUAUACAAUGAAUUCAAAACUUUCAAGUCGACAUUAUCAUCGUAUUAUAUCAACCAAUCAGAAACUAUGAUCUGGAUUGUAUAUAUAUACAGUGUAUAUGUUCAAGCUUGAAAAUACUAAAGACAUUGUGUCUUUUAUAUAUCUCAUAUCAAAAAGUAUAAAUAAUUAAAUUGAAUCUGUAACUCAAGAAUAAAAAUAAAGCUAGAAUGUAGAUUAUUGUUUUUAUAA